AUGAGUGGUAUCCUUGUUUCAAUGGCUUGGCAAAAAGCAUUGAUGGUGAAGGAUGGGAAGUCGAAAAGCAUGGAGAUGUUUGACGGUGAAUCUAGGCAGCCAAUGUAUCCAUGGUCCGAUGGUCCAGAGUUCAUAACUCAGUGCCCUAUCAUGCCAGGAAACUCUUUUAUCCAAAAAGUCAUAAUCACAGAAGAGAUUGGAACUUUGUAUUGGCAUGGUCAUAGUGAUUGGUCUCGAGCGACAGUUCAUGGCGCAAUCAUUAUUUGCCCCACAAGGGGAGAUAGAUAUCCGUUUCCUAAGCCUGAUGCAGAAAUUCCCAUCAUAUUAGGAGAAUGGUGGAAGAGAAAUAUAACAGAUGUGGUGGAAGAGUUUUUACAUAGUGGGGGAGACCCUGCGCGGUCUGAUGCUUUCAUGAUAAACAGCCAUCCUGGCGAUUUUAAUUCAUGUUCAGUAAUACCAGAUACAUUCAAGUUGAAUGUGACUUCUGGAAGAACUUAUUUGCUCCGGAUGGUCAAUGCUGUCAUGAACAACCUGAUGUUCUUUGGCAUUGCAAACCAUACUCUUACAGUUGUGGGAACAGAUGGAAGCUACACAAAGCAAUUAAAGAGUGGUUACAUUGCUAUAGCCCCAGGACAAACCAUGGAUCUCUUGAGGACCCCCCUUUUAUGA